AAACUGGCUAAGGGACUAUUUUUGUUUGAAUCAGUGAUCAGGGAAGUACCUUUGGAGAAAUGCGUCGCCCUAGCGCUUCUCCGCCUGAAGAAUCACAGGUUGCUGGGAAAGUCAUAAUUGAAAAUCUUCCAAGAAGGCCAAUAGCCACAAGUGACGUGCACAAUUGGCUAAAGAAGUAUGGCAACAUUUCAGACAUUGUCAUUUACAAGGAGUGCAUUCUUGUGCAGUUUGACUCCGACCUCGAAGCUGCUGGAGCUGUCCAGUGUGAAGACGGCGCUUCGUUUUUCGGAUCAAUUGUCAAGAUAAAGCAUGUCGAGCCUAGUGUUCUGAACUCAAUUCGUCGAUCUGGGCCUCCGGUUGAUAGGCACCUCUCAGGCAGUAACAGACGCUAUCCCACGGCUUCAGGACGCGAACGAGAUCGUGAUCGUGAUCGAGAGCGGGAACGGGAACGAGAUCGUGAUCGGGACUCUGACCGAGAUCGUGCCCGGGAUCGGGAUCGAGGUCGCACACGAGAUAGAGAUGCUUCUCCCCGCAAUCGGUACCAUGAAAGCGGCAGCUCACACGACCGGCGUCGGCGACGAGAAGACGUUUCUCCUAGAAAACGAUCACGAAGUCCAGCCAAUCCAAGGAGCGACCGACGACAUGUUCACCCGUUAAACUGGCUGUCCGAAGUCGCUGGUGCACAACCCAAUAUUGCAGUCAAUGGCUCGGAGCCGGAUCCAUCAAGAGGAGCCGGAACUUCUCUUUCUUCUCGAGUUCCUCCCCCAUAUACAGUGGCAAUUGUCGCAGUGCAACAUGACCUCGUGCCGUACGCCGAAACAAUCGAGAAACGUGUUUCCACUGAGGUCCGGUUUCAGGAUACUCGGGACUCCAUUCCACGCACUCACAUUGUGGUGCUGCUUUCAGCUGAUCAUCUCACCCCUUGUCUUGCUGAUUUAACCAGAGACCGGGUGCCCUUCGCUAUUAUCUGCACCACAACAAAUUGGACUCACGGUUCUUGCACCCUUCGGAUUCUGUACGCUCCUACACAACAAGAGCAUAGAAACAUGCCUCUGGACGAUGCCAUGGUGCUUCUGAAGAAAGAAUACGAUACUUAUAUGGCUAAAGAAUUCCCCGCCACUGUUGUGGUGCCAGCUGCUGCACCGAGUCCCGUAAUAACAACCGACGAUCACACCUUUUUGGCCCCAAAUCGUAACCUGGUCACUCUGCUGCGUAUGCUUGCGGAUUCGCGAAUUUUAAGCAUAGGAGAGUUGGACGAAAUAGCGGCCUUUGUACAGGAGCGUAAACGCCGUUUAGAGGGCCGACGGAUUGAAGCAUCCUCCAGUGAGUUCCCGAUGCGGAAGCAGCAUAGAAUCCAUCUGUUUGGUUUUCGCAUGAAUUGAUGCAGAUGCCAAUUUUGCCAAUUAGGGACUUCACCCACCAAGCCGUGGGUGCCAUUGGCAAAUUCACCUUUAUCAAUCUGCACGUCAGGUGUAAGUGAAAAACCUACUAGCUGUUGCGCCCCACCCAUGUGGUAGCGAGAAAUGCAUCAAACGGCAAAGGCAAAAAGAAAAUAACGACAUGCAUCGACAAAGAAAGUGUUUUGAAAUGAAGCUAAGCGGGAAGAGAAACUCACAAUCCACUAAGAUGGGUUCUUCGUAUUAUCAAUAAGUGUAUCCAGUCAAACGUGUUCAUUAGCUUUCCGAAACUGCGGAAUCGGGAAGCUACAAUUGAAGUCAAGUUUGAAGUGAUGGCCUUCAUUCCUCUUGUGCGUCCAAAGUUCACGGACUACUUUGAUAUGGAAGCACAAGCACGGGUUCCCUUGUGUUCGUCGAUCCUCUCUGCUAUUGCCAAGUCUGUCAAUUUCUUUUUGUCUGCUCAGUUUUCCUGAUCACCGUUCAUUCCUGAUAACUACAUCAUAUGGACGAUUUUUUCUCCGGCACAUUGCAGGUUUAUCCCUUCCAUUGGACCACUUCUCCUUGUUCUGUGAUGCUUGUAGUGCUGGGAUGUAUAAAAUUUAAGUCAGGUCAAAACAGGCUUUAUGCACUAGCACUACGGAUGUAAUGAGAUUUGACCUUAGUCUAAGGUUACAAGUAAAAUGCCGAGGUAAUACAUGUAUCAGCGUCACUUAAGCAAACGUCAGCUUGUGAUGCCGAUAGCUUUCUUUGAAUCCACAAGCAAAAUAUAAUUAUGCUAAGGUGCAGCGAGAGGAAAGAGUAUGCUGUGUUUCGAGUUCGUAGACAAAGGACAAAGAGUUUUUGGUUAUUCCUCGUAUAUGGGAUGGGAAGGAUCGUUUAGAACCCUUGAACAAAAGUUGUCACGCGUCGAAAUGCUUAGCCUACAAGAGAUUGGUCAGUUCACUCCACCUGGAGAUGUCUUUCACGUCUAACGGGUAUGGAGAUUGUUAAACAUCCAUUACCUCGACUCUGCAGGCCAUUUGUUCGACUGCUUCUGCGGUUUUCAACGAGAUUUGUUUGUGAAAUGCAGGCUCCUCACUGAUUAUCUCAGCUUUCACCUCUAUCUAUGCUGUCCGGUCGGAGCCAUCUAGUUGCAACUAUACCGAUCCUCCUCGCCAUUACUCAAAAUAAUGUGCACAUGAAUUCAAAAUGAGUGCCCAUGUCAAACGCAUCUUUGCGGCAAUAAAGGUUGGGAUUUUUACAAAUCAAGUGUUUGUACGCCGAAGCUGUUUUAUGCAGCCGAAACUGCCAGGAUCUGUGGGGGAAUCUCCGUUACACCACUUUCCUUUGCACAUGAAGACCGUAGAGCAUGCACCAACAUGAUCACAGUUUUUCCAACUAAGCAAAAUGCUGCUCAAGCGUAAUUACAAUGCGUAAUUAUGCUUUUAGUUCCGCGUUUCUGUUAAUGCUCCUUACACUAAUUUUUCCUUCCUUAUCUCGUGGUAUGGAACGGAUCGUAGGCACACGUCGUCAUGCGUCUCACUGCUUGUUACGUGCAUUCCACAAGCUGCCACAGGCCGCGUUCUUUUUUUUGCAAACAUCCGCUUAAGAAAUACAGAAUCUCUUCCAAUGCUUCACUGUGAUUCAAAGGCCCGGUGGUGGCAAGAACGCAGCGGCACAUUUGGAGUUUUGCGAUAAUAUAUUACACUCAACUCAAAAUUGGAUUCGUCAUCAUCAUCAUUAUACACGUUAGCUAGAAGUGUAAAACAUCUCAGCUACUGUGCGCAAUAACU